GCAGCCAUGAGAAUCUUUUUCUUAAUUUUUGCUGCUUUCAUUCUUCUUGCUCAAAUUUUCCCAGCCAGGGGAGCACUUCAAAGACAACUGCAUUGUAACAAAAUGAGUGGUCGUUGCGAAGCAGAAUGCCUUGACUUUGAAGAGAAGAUAGGGGGCUGUCGAGCUGAAUUAACACCAUUUUGCUGCAAAAAAGCAAGGAAAAAUUAAAAGCAGUAACCACAAAACAGAAGAGAUGAAAAUUCUCUAGCUUUGAUCUCAGUGGUGCAGACUUCUCAGUCCCUUCUCUCUUUAACCUCCAAGUUUUGGAUUCUCUGAAGAUGUCUUGGUCCUCUUUCUGAUACUGCACGGGAAAUACUCUUUCU